UCUCACGCCGCGGAGCUGAGGCUUGUGGCGCUUUUCCAGCGAAAGGAAUGGAGAAAGCACGUGAAGAUGAUCAAGGUGCGAUGGAGAAAGCGCCAGAAAGACCUGUAGAUGGUGGGAAGGAUGGUGUUGCAAAGGGUACAGCUCCCAUUAAAAAUGAAUUCCAAACAACCAAAGAAAAAUUCCAUGAGUUUCUAGACUCUAGAUGGCAGGGCCCUAAAGGAGUAGAUGUUGGUGCUAAUGAGAUUCCUAAGGAGACAACAGAUGCAUCUUUGGAGGAGCCUGAAGCGAAAAAGCUCAAACUUGACACCGAGGAUAAUUGCAAAGUGGAAAAGCCAGAUGGCAAACGAGCACGGGGACAAAAUAAGUCAAGGCCUCAUAAAAAACCCACCAGCUAUGAAGUCAAACGGUUGUGUUUCUCUGUCAUCGGGGAGAACAGGACAUGCAUUAACGGAGACAAAUGCAGAUAUCUUCAUGAUGCCGCUGAGUACAUGGCCUCCAAGCCCGCCGAUGUUGGCAAAAAUUGCUAUCUCUAUGACACGUUUGGGAAGUGCCGCUUUGGACUGACCUGCCGCUUUGCCAAGGCACACACCUCUCCUGACUUAAAGAAUAUAGUGAAUGAAGAUCUCAUUAAGGCUUAUGAGGGCAGGACUUUGGUCAAGAACAACUUGGGUAAAGACCUUCAGAAUUGUCUGAGGAAACACAAGGUCUCCUUUAAGAAGUCUGCUGAGUACCUAAAAACGAUUGGCAAAGACAAGGAUCCAGGAAAACAACAUGGAAAUGGAGAUGCCUGCACAGCUGAAAUCUCUGUUCAGAGCUCUGAGGGAGAGGGUCUACAUUCAUCCACUGCCACAGAAACACAGGCCAGUCCAGAGGGCCAACUGCCAGUGAAGACUGUGGGACCUUUGACUGAUGCUGAUGUCAUCAAGUUGCGCCCAUGUGAAAAGAAGCAGGUGGAUUUUCAAGACAAGCUCUACCUUGCCCCUCUUACGACGUGUGGAAAUCUGCCUUUCCGCCGCAUAUGCAAGCGAUUCGGUGCAGACAUUACUUGUGGCGAGAUGGCCAUGUGCACCAACCUACUGCAGGGGCAGCAGUCGGAGUGGGCCCUUCUAAAGAGGCAUGAAAGUGAAGACCUCUUUGGCGUCCAGGUGGAAGGCUGCUUCCCUGACUCGAUGACGAGGUGUGCGGAGCUUAUCAACAGUAACAUUGACGUAGACUUUGUAGACAUCAACUCUGGAUGCCCUAUCGACCUUGUUUACAAGAAGGGUGGAGGUUGUGGGUUGAUGACGCGCAGCAAAAAGUUUGAAGAGAUUAUCAGGGGAAUGAACUACGUCCUCGAUGUCCCAUUGACGGUGAAGAUUCGCACCGGUGUUCAGGAAAAGUGCAACGUCGCACACAAACUCAUCCCGGAGAUGAAGAAAUGGGGCGUGUCCAUGAUCACGUUACAUGGGCGAUCCAGGGAGCAGCGCUACACAAAGUUAGCUGACUGGGACUACAUCAACACCUGUUCCCAGCUGGCGAGCCCUAUCCCACUUUUCGGUAAUGGAGACAUUUUGUCCUAUGUGGAUGCCGUGAAGGCAAGAGAGACUGGAGUUUCCGGUGUAAUGAUUGCAAGGGGAGCUCUCAUCAAGCCAUGGAUCUUCACUGAAAUCAAGGAGAGGCGGGACUGGGACAUCUCGUCCAGUGAGCGACUUGACGUCCUGAGAGACUUCGCUAACUAUGGCAUGGAGCACUGGGGCUCAGACACCCAGGGCCUGGAGAAGACCCGCACCUUUCUGUUAGAGUGGCUGUCCUUCAUGUGCAGGUACAUACCAGUGGGACUGCUGGAACGACUGCCUCCGAGGAUUAAUGAGCGACCGCCAUACUACAUGGGCAGGAACUAUCUGGAGUCACUGAUGGCCAGUCCACAUGUUGGAGACUGGGUCAGGAUUAGUGAGAUGCUCCUCGGACCAGUACCCACAAAUUUCAACUUUGUGCCCAAACAUAAAGCCAACUCCUACAAGUAACAGUCAUUUUGGUCUCUACAAAGCUAUUUAAAGUCUUUAUAAAGAAUAACUUUUAUUUCAUUUUUUUAGGUUUGUCUGUUUAAAAACAAUAAGGAAAAUGGAAACCUGUGGUAUUUUAAAGAGAGACUAAGAGCGGUGAAUUGUCUUGUUUCUUUGAACUGUAGUUAAUAGUACACAUGGAAGAAUAUGUACUUUGGAAAGAUCGAAUAAAGUCUUCUGCCAUUUUGUUGUUCAUGGUUAAAGUGUGUGUGUGUAUGUGUGUGUAUAUGUGUACACAUGUAUAGUUGUAAGAUUUUAAAUAAUGUUUUCCACUCAAAUUCAGUAUAAUCCUGCCUCUUUUGUAACAAAUGAUAGAGAAUUGGGGUCAGAGCAAAUGAGCCCCCAACCUCCG